AAUUAAAGAGUAUUAUAUUUAUUUAAUAAAAAUGGCAAAUGGCAACGUUUCACAAAACAAUAAUUAUAAUUUUAAAGUAGUUUUACUGGGCGAAGGCUGUGUUGGAAAGACUUCUUUAGUUUUGCGUUAUGUUGAAGACAUUAAUGAAAGACAUUUAUCCACAUUACAAGCUUCAUUUUUACAAAAACUUAAAUUAGAUGAUAAACAAAUUAAUUUGGCCAUAUGGGAUACAGCAGGCCAAGAAAGGUUUCACGCUUUGGGACCAAUUUAUUACCGGGCUUCAAACGGGGCACUUUUGGUUUACGAUAUCACUGAUGAGGAUUCUUUCCAAAAGGUGAAAAAUUGGGUUAAAGAGCUCAAAAAAAUGUUGGGCUCAGAAAUCGUAUUGAUGAUUGUAGGAAACAAAUUGGAUUUGGAGCAAGAUAGAAAUGUCAGUGUAGAAGAGAGCAGAAAUUAUGCAGCUCAAGUAGGCGCUAAGCAUUUUCAAACGUCUGCAAAAUUGAAUGAGGGAAUCGAAGAAUUGUUUUCAUCACUAACUCGAGAGUUCCUUAUUAUACUAAAUGUUCACCCUUCUACCACAAUCGAAUAA